CACUCUGGGCAACUUGUCACGUCAUCACACUGUCACCCGAGAGAGAAAGCGUGGAGAUUCGCGGAGCGUGUGGAAAAGAAAACGAUAAAAGAAUAAUCAGCUAACCUUUUCCUGUAAUACAAAAAAAAAAAAAAAAAAAACAAAAAAAAACACGCGGUUAACGGGAACUGGUAGGUUUAUCCCAAAGGCUAUUCUAACUUUAUUCAACUACGACUGUAUUUGGGACGACACUCUGAGGCGUAAAUGGAGUACAUGCAAGCACCAGCAAGCAGCCAGGGUAACAUCCUGUGCUGUGAAUGUGGCACCCCCAUUGCCCCAAACCCAGCCAAUAUGUGUGUUGCCUGUUUAAGAACUCACGUGGACAUCACAGAAGGAAUCCCCAAACAAGUCUCUGUUCAUUUUUGCAAACAAUGUGAAAGGUACCUUCAGCCUCCAGCCACCUGGAUGCAGUGUGCUUUGGAAUCCAGGGAACUGCUUACCUUAUGCCUGAAAAAACUGAAGGCAUCGAUGACUAAGGUUAGAUUGAUUGAUGCAGGCUUUGUAUGGACUGAGCCACACUCCAAAAGAGUUAAAGUGAAGCUGACAAUACAGAAAGAGGUUAUGAAUGGAGCCAUACUUCAGCAGGUGUUUGUGGUUGAGUUUGUAAUUCAGUCACAAAUGUGUGAUGACUGCCACCGCAUUGAAGCAAAGGAUUUCUGGAAAGCAGUGGUGCAGGUCAGACAGAAGACCUCUCACAAGAAGACCUUCUAUUACCUGGAGCAGAUGAUUUUGAAGCACAAAUUGCAUCAGAAUACUCUCCGUAUUAAAGAAACCCAUGAUGGAAUCGAUUUCUACUAUGCUUUGAAGCAACAUGGACAGAAGAUGAUGGACUUCUUGCAGUGCACAGUUCCAUGCAGGUCGAAAACAUCUCAGCGGCUGAUCUCCCAUGACAUCCACACUAGCACGUUCAAUUAUAAGAGCACCUUCUCUGUGGAGAUUGUACCCAUUUGCAAGGACAAUGUAGUGUGCCUGCCCCCACGACUGGCCCAGAGCCUUGGGAAUAUGAAUCAGAUCUGUGUGUGCAUCAGAGUGACAAGCGCCAUUCACCUUAUUGACCCUCGUACCCUGCAAAUUGCAGAGGUUGACGGAAACACUUACUGGCGCUCCCCGUUUCACAGCCUCUGCUCACCCCGGCAGCUGGAGGAGUUUAUUGUGAUGGAUGUAGAAACUGUCAGAGAUCACAAGCAAGGAGGUGGAGCUGGCAUGAGAUCCAACAAACACAUCCUUGCAGAUGUGUGGGUACAGAAAACCUCAGAGAUGAACACAAGCCAGCAGUAUCAUUGUCGUACGCAUCUGGGACACCUUCUCAAUCACGGGGACUUGGUUUUGGGGUUCGAUCUUGCCAAUUCCAAUGUUAAUGAUGAGUUUAUGAAUAAAAUGAACCCUCAUCAUAUUCCUGAUGUGGUGUUGAUUAAGAAAAGGUUUGACCGCAGCAGGAGGCAGCGUCGUAGGAACUGGAGACUCAAAGAAAUGGAAAGAGAACGAGAAGGCAUGGACACGGAUGACGAGAGGCAGUACCAGGACUUUCUUGAAGACCUUGAAGAAGAUGAAGCCCUCCGAAAAAAUAUUAAUAUUUUUAGAGAUGCUUCGAAAAUCCCAGUGGAAAGUGACACUGAUGAUGACGGGGCUCCUCGGAUCUCCUUGGUGGAAAUGUUGGAGGAUUUGAAUAUUUCUGAAGAUGCCACUGGUGGAGAGGGGGCAGAUAUGAUAACUGCAUGAACCGGCUUUCCAAAAACAGCCCUCUCCUGAGUGUCAAAACCACAACUUAAUGAAUUUAUUUUCACUGGUUGUGGAAUUCAAUGUUUAUAAUAUGUAAUAUUAGAGUACCAUUGUCACAAUCAAUAUUGUGCAUGUUUAAAGAAAUUACUCAGAUGUAGUCUUCAUAUGCGUUUUCUUAAGCUAAAAGCCAGUCAAAUGUAUUGCAGUCUCGGCUUUAUGAAUAAUAUUAUACCCAAUGCAAAACAAAUUAUUGAAAGUAACGAUAUUGCAAUUUCUUUCUUUCACAUGUAUCCAUGUACUAAUUAAUGGCUUUACCAAUCAAUGACUUAGUGUGCAGUGAAAUCUUCAGCUUUGAAUUUGUGCUCCAUUAUCCAAAGAUGCUGCAGUUGUUAAUGGUGUGGUGAACUGUUUGUCCACUGCAUUGGUAUAAAGCUGUGCUGUGUGAAGCAGUACAUACUUGGAUUGUUUUAAAUAUUAAUUUGCGUGUGUCGUGGUGACAUUUGAAUAGAGAAGUACUGUAUUAAUCUGGAUUCAUUCAUCUGCAUUUCAGUGAAAUAAACAUUGCUUGGAAAACA